AUGUUCUGCUUGACUGCGAUUCGUGCGUGUAGGCCGUGGCCGUCAGUCGUCGCGGCCGUGACCAAACGUCAAGGCCUGAACACACGGAGCUCGCCUGCCUUGGCCGCGGCCCAAGCGCAGAGCGGCAUCAAAAAGCGCACCCAACGCCGGAAGCCGGCAGUCGUGGAAGACACGGGUCAGCGACAGGGCUUUUGGUGCGUGUCGGCGUUCUCGACUGCCGAAGAGUUUCGCCUGGAACAACUGUCGGCGGCGCUGUCCAAGACGAACAUGUACGAGCCCACGUGCCUGUACAGCGGUUCCGACGAUAGCGCAGAAACUGCGCCGGCGGACGUCAUUCACGCCGUGUCCAAGUUCCACGUGACCAACGAGCCCAGGCAUUUGUAUUUCUUCCGCGAGGGCUCGGUGGUCGGAUGGAACGUGUCCGACCUCGAGGUCAGCAGCCUAAUCAACUUCCUCGCCGAACACGAGAUCGGGUCCUACGACGACCACAUCGUCAUGGGCGAGAGAGAAGUCAUGUAUUACGCUUACACGAACGACAAAAAGAGUUCAAUCCAAAAGGGAAAUUUUCAUCUGAUCGGCGACGACGUGACGGCGUCUGACUUGGACCGGUACACGUUCUCCAACGCGAUGGCGCACAGCGUCAAGCUGGGCACGUGGGAAGCGCUGCUUGAAGAGUACAUAGAUUCCGUGGAGGUCGUAACACAAGAUCUGCAAAACGGAUUGCCCAUCCGGAUCACCAGGAAAGAAGUCAUGAAGAAAACCGGUGAACUGUUCGGACUGAGACACAGGAUUAACUUAAGUUCGGAUCUCCUCGAUUUGCCAGACUUUUACUGGGAACGAGAACACUUAGAAACGUUUUACCGUUCUACCUGUAACUAUUUCAGCAUAUCCACACGACUUAAGACCAUGAAUACCAAAAUAAACCAUUGCCUAGAACUUGUAGAGCUCCUGUCACACCAUUUGAGCGACAAACAUCACAUCAGACUAGAAUGGAUGAUCAUCGUGUUGAUUAUGGUUGAGGUCGGCUUCGAAAUCAUUCACUAUGCUCAAUUGUUCAUCAAAUGA